CCGAGUGGCGUGGCCCCCGGUGUAAGAGAUCCUGUUCCCCGUCCCCGCCUCCGCCGCCCGCGAGCCUGCCUCCGCCUCUGCCCACCAAGCUCAAUCCCUUACAACCCCUGCUCCCAGCCGCCAGCAGCGCUGAGACUCGGCCGCCAGCGGCGUGUCCCUUCUCUGCUUCAGCUAGAAAGACUUGAGUUAGACUCAGGGAAGCACAUCCUCCACACCUCAUGGCCACGGAAGACGCCGCAGUUGAGCUGGAAACCCAGCGCCCAUCAACAGACAAGGCGCCCAAAGGUGACGCAGGGGAAGGACCCCUCGCUCUAGAGAAAGACCCUAGUCCCCCAGACACAGAAAAAGACCCAAAGAAAGACCCGCAGCCAUCCUCCCGGAAAGAAGACGCUCAAAGCCCUGCUCCAGAGAAAGGGGGUGGCGCCCUGCCCCCGCCCCCACCUAGCAGCCAGGGCCUGGAGGGGGUGGGCAAGGGCGAUGGGGGUGGGGGCCCCGCCGAGGGCAGUGCCGGGCAGCCAGCAGCCCUGCCCCAGGAGACAGCCACAGCCCAGGCGGACAGCAAGAAGCCUGAGGCCGAGCGGGGACCCCCAGACCCCCAGGAGCCCAGAGAGCCCAAAGCGAGCAGGAAGGAGGCCGAGAGCCAGGUAGCAGUCAGGCGGGGCUCACCUGCCUUCCUGCAUAGCCCCAGCUGCCCAGCUGCCAUCUCAAGUUCUGAGAAGCUGCCGGCUGCGAAGAUCCUGAGUGAGGCAUCAGAGCUCAUCUUUGAAGGGGUGCCUGGGACCCCUGUCCCUCCAGCUCCUGGGCCAGCCAAGGCAGAAGAAGGGAAGAACACCCUGGCGGGGAGCCAGGAGGAAGCAGCACAGAAAGCCCCAAGCCAGGCUGGCCAGGCUAAGGUGCAAGGGGACACCUCGACGAAGAUCGAGUUCCAGGCUGUUCCCUCAGAGAGAUCAGAGGUGGGGCAGGCCCUCUGUCCCACGGCCAGGGAGGAAGACUGCUUCCAGAUUUUGGAUGACUGCCCACCACCCCCGGCCCCCUUCCCGCAUCGGAUUGUGGAGCUGAGGACGGGAAAUGUGAACAGCGAAUUCAGCAUGAACUCCAAGGAGGCACUGGGAGGUGGUAAGUUCGGAGCCGUCUGUACCUGCACAGAGAAAGCCACAGGCCUCAAACUGGCAGCCAAGGUCAUCAAGAAGCAGACUCCCAAGGACAAGGAAAUGGUGAUGCUGGAGAUUGAGAUGAUGAACCAGCUGAACCACCGCAACCUGAUCCAGCUGUAUGCCGCCAUGGAGACCUCGCACGAGAUCAUCCUGUUCAUGGAGUACAUCGAGGGUGGCGAGCUGUUCGAGAGGAUCGUGGAUGAGGACUACCCUCUGACAGAGGUGGACACCAUGGUAUUCGUCAGGCAGAUCUGCGAUGGGAUCCUCUUCAUGCACAAGAUGAACGUUCUGCACUUGGACCUCAAGCCAGAGAAUAUCCUGUGCGUCAACACCACGGGCCACUUGGUGAAAAUCAUCGACUUCGGCCUGGCACGGAGGUAUAACCCUAAGGAGAAGCUGAAGGUGAAUUUUGGGACCCCGGAGUUCCUGUCCCCAGAGGUGGUGAAUUACGACCAGAUCUCUGACAAGACGGAUAUGUGGAGCAUGGGGGUCAUCACCUACAUGCUGCUGAGUGGCCUCUCCCCCUUCCUGGGAGAUGAUGACACGGAGACCCUGAACAAUAUCCUGUCUGGCAACUGGUACUUCGAUGAAGAGACCUUCGAGGCUGUGUCAGACGAGGCCAAAGAUUUUGUCUCCAACCUUAUUGUCAAGGACCAGGGGGCCCGGAUGAGCGCUGCCCAGUGCCUCGCCCACCCCUGGCUCAACAACCUGGCUGAGAAAGCCAAGCGCUGUAACCGCCGCCUCAAAUCCCAGAUUCUGCUGAAGAAAUACCUUAUGAAGAGACGCUGGAAGAAAAACUUCAUUGCUGUCAGCGCAGCCAACCGCUUCAAGAAGAUCAGCAGCUCGGGGGCCCUCAUGGCUCUGGGGGUCUGAGGCCCCAGGAGCAGCUGAGGUCUGAACACAGCCGCACCGUGGCCAGGGCCGAGGCCACACAGCCCAGAAGGCCAGAGACGGCAGGCCAGAUCCCCGCGGCCGGCUGGCCAGGACCGGCUGUGCCAGGCUAGGAGGCUCGGGGCUCCCCACGCCCCCCACGCAGCGAUGCUUCCCCGACAUGAGCCGCCUCGGACCUCAGAGAGUAGCCUGGAUCCAUCUCGCUACUGCCUCCCCAGGCAGACAUCCGACCCAGACUCCAUGUGUGGAGCUGCGCCCCAUCCCUGCCUUCACUCUCCCUUUGAACCGCUGCCCUGGGGACCCCUGCUUUGCCCCACCUGGAACACGGGCAGCCUGGGCUGGCUUCUAGCUGGGGUGGGAUGAGGGCUGGGUAUCCAGCAGGGGGGCUUCCGUCGUGGUGGACGGGGGACUUCUGGCAGGGGCAGAUAGGGAACUGUGCAUAUGACUUCUAAGGUCCAGGGGAGACAGAGCAGGCUUUGUGGAAGAGAACCUCCAUUCCCCUCCCCCCCCCUAGCCCUCUCCCAACAGAUAAGGCCUUUCACACACACCAUCUGGCCUGCCUGGCUCCCUCCCACCUUAUUUGUGACCACCAAGACACAGGAAUUCUGGGAGAGACGGCAUCCAGCCCAGGCCUGGCUGGGAGGGGGGGUGGGGUGAGGGG